AUGGCAUUUCACGAAAUUCUUGCACGCUGGACGGACAAGAAUGGUGUUGACCCUGACAACCUCGUUCUCAACACCACCAACGCCACCCUGAUUGGUAUGCAGAAGAAGUAUUGCACUUUAGACGUUUGCCCAAUGUCAUGGGCCAACAUAUCGUACCUCCCCAACGUCGGUGGCAAUGUCUUCUACCUGAUCUGCUUCGCGGUCCUGUUGGGCGCACAGCUUUUCUAUGGUAUACGUGCCAAGACGUGGACGUACGCGUGGCCCAUGGUCGCCGGCUUGCUGCUCGAAAUCAUCGGCUACAUAGGCCGCCUGAUGUUGCAUAGCAACCCUUUCAUCUUGAACAACCUCCUCCUGUACCUCGUCCCUCUGACCAUCGGGCCGGCGUUCUUCACUGCUGCGAUUUACAUUUGUCUCGGCCGAGUCAUCCACGUCGUGGGCCCUGAACACUCGCGAAUUUCGCCAAAGAUGUACACCUACAUCUUCGUCGGCUUCGAUCUCCUCUCGCUGAUUCUGCAGGCCGCCGGAGGUGCCCUGGCUGCCACAGCCAAAGACCACGCGGGAUCAAUGCAGGGCGCAGACAUCAUGGUAGGUGGUCUGGCAUCGCAGGUCGUAUCUAUGGUGUUUUUCAUGGCACUUUGGGGCGACUUUAUCCUGCGUGCCCGCAAGGCCAAGCUGGCUAGCUUUGCGCGAUCCCAUGAACUGUACCCGGAGCUGCGCGGCACUCGCAGCUUUGCUCUGUUCCGAUGGUCCUUGGUAGCUGCUACAGUUCUCAUCUUCAUCCGUUGCGUUUACCGUGUUGCUGAACUCAAGGAUGGGUUUUCCGGCGAGCUUGCGAACGACCAGACGGCCUUCAUGAUCCUCGAGGGGCCCAUGAUUAUCCUUGCAGUCUUGGCUAUGACUGUCUGCCAUCCCGGACGUAUGCUCGGUCACGCGUGGGCGUCGAUUGGAAGACAUCAUGGCAUGCAGCCCAUCAAAGUGGAUGCCGAGACCUCAGCCACCGAGCUUGCAUAUCAGGCUCCACUGGGAAGUGACAGUGACUCCGAAGGACAGAGACUUCGAAUAUAUGGGCGAAAGUAG